AAAAUGUCGGGAAGAGGAAAAGGAGGAAAGGGAUUGGGAAAGGGAGGAGCAAAGAGGCAUAGAAAAGUGUUAAGGGAUAACAUUCAAGGAAUCACAAAGCCUGCAAUUCAUCGUUUGACUCGUAGAGGAGGAGUUAAGAGAAUCAGUGGUUUGAUCUACGAAGAAACUCGUGGUGUUUUGAAGAUUUUCUUGGAGAAUGUGAUUCGUGAUGCUGUUACUUACACUGAACAUACUAGAAGAAAGACUGUUACUGCUAUGAAUGUUGUUUACGCUCUUAAGAGGCAAGGUCGAACUCUUUAUGGAUUCGGUGGUUAG